AUGGCGGGUCACUUGGAACUAUUGAAAUCUUCGCGACAAGGUGAUUUCCAUGAUGAGCAGAGUUACCUGACUGCGUUGCGGACCAAGUAUGGUCCUGGUGUGAGCGGAUGUGCCGAACAAGUGAUUACUUUGGUGGAUUAUUACCGUGACUUCGAGCGCCGCACGGACCUUAGCGAGAUAUGGAAAGCACGCAUAACGAAACUUGAGAAGAUCGAGAGCUCUCUGUCUGAGUAUGUUCAACACUUGAACAUCCCUGCUGGUCUUCGACAAGAUUUCAUCAAGGACCUCAUUGCUUAUCUGCGCGAGUCAUGGACAAUUAGAGACCGACGGAGAAGGCCGAGUAUCUACGGUAGUCAAUGA